AUGCCGCCCACAGGGUCAGGCCCAAGUACUCCCGAGAGGAGGCGGCACUUUGAGAAGAGUGACGGGGAGAUCCCCAGCUCCUUUGAGCAGCGCGUCCAUGUUAUGCUGCACCGGAUCGGGGUCACCAAAGUCCUGUCGUCCGAGGGGAAGAAGAAGCAGGUGUCACUGAUGGUAGCACUUGCCCCGUCUCAGUGCCUUGCGCUGAGCACCAUCCUCCUCCGGUGCUCUUCUCCACGCCUCUCUGACGUCACUUUCGAAAGGAGAGAUCAAAAAAGCUGGUUCAGAUGGAGACAUCAUGGACAGCUCGGCGGGCUCCCCUCCCCUCGUCUUGAAAUCUCGCACACACUCCAUGUCCACAGGCGCUCCUUUGUCCUUCAAGAGCAGAGCAGCCCCCCGGAGCAGCAGGUCCGAGAGAGCUGGAGCAGCAGCUUGCCCAGGACCGGGAGGGUCACGCCUGCCCCUGCCCCAAGGAGAAUCAGCAACGCAGGCGCUAGCAGGGGCAGCGUCGAUGCAAUCGCUGCAGACAACUGCCUGAAACCCAAGCCUCGUUUGAAAAACGUGGCCACCAGGCGCGCCAUUUCCGUUCACGAAGAACAGCUCAGGGAGCAGGGCUGCACGGCCGCUCUGGAGAGUGUAAAAAUCCCCCUGCGCCUGCAGCGCUCGCCAGUCCUGAAACGGAAGCCUAAGCCCAACUCUAUGGUGGAUGUGGCGGGGAGCAGCACGGCCAGUGCCCCGGCAGCAUUGCAGGACACUCUGCCACAGGACGAGCACAGGGCCACAGCCGAACUGCAGGGGGAGCAACCGCAAGCCGUGGAACAACCGGUUGAAAAUGCACAGAACAGCCACACACCAAAGAGCAGCAGCUCCAGGCCUGCCAGCAGCCCCCCAGGGACAAUGAGUUAGUGAGGGCUGCGGCCCGCUGUCAUUUCCAAUAAAACACUGCGACCAAGUGCAAGCUGAAGGGUUAUGAUUUGCAACAGAAGCUCAAGCACCUGUGCAGUGUAGGGCACCAUGGUGCAAGCAGCGGGGAGAUGGGGGAGGAGGCCCCCAGCUUGCUCCCCCUCCCUUCGCUGCUCCCAGGUGUAGAACAUCAGUGCUUCCUAUGGAAACGGGGACAGACCGGAGCCUGGCCCCACUGGGAGGCUGCUAACACUUCCUGAACGAUCUACGAGAGGACCCCCCCUUCCAGCUCCCACUACCCUCUGCUAGUCUCAUACUGCGCACAGCUGGCUUUACACAAGCUCCAGCUGGCUAAAACCGAGAUGCCAGAAGCCAGUAGCUGAGUUUGCCACCAGCCUAAGCUUUUCCUGGAGCAUCUGGCUCUUUGGAUGCAUGCACAGCUAUUAAGUA